AUGACACUCAGCAUCCCACGGGAUGAAAGACCAUUUUUCGUAGCCAGGAAUCCGCUACUCCCACCAAAAGUCAUCCAAGAUCUGCAAACGUUGUGUCCAUCUUGCCAAAUCUACGACCAUUCCUCAAGUUGCAGUGCUCUAGGCAUUGUCAGGAACGUCGAGUACCUUGUGAGACGAUGCGCCGGACAACCUAUUAUCGCAACAAAGCCGGGUCUAGCAUUAACGAUUCCUAUGACAGAAACUGAGGUGAACAGCCUAUUCGUGGAAGUCAUUGAAGCGCAGCUGUGCAUAAAAGUGGACAGUUCUUCGGCCAGGUCUCUCGUAUUCCCAAAGCUUCAACGGUGGAGGUCCUGCGCUCAUAACAAACCGGGACUCCUCAUUACAAACAAUCCAGAUCUGACCACCUUGAAGUUCCCAUCAUGUCGGUCACAGUGUUUGCAUAUGGCUGUCAUUAAGACUAACCCUCUACUUCCAAAACUGCAGAUCGAUCGUAUUCGACAUGUCUCCUACGGCAGCAUUGUGGAAUACGAACCACCAGCUUGUGGACUCACUGGACGCUACACUGUUGAAGAUUUCGUGAAGGCUUGCGCAGGCAAAAAGAUGAUCAAACAGCAUCCGAAUGUCCCUAUCGUUAUUGAUUCAUCGAAAGUGACCGAACAUAUGCUUAACAAGCUCUGCUCGCAUGCUACGUUUAUGGAAGUUUGUAUUGUGAUCAAGGAUUCCACGUUCAAGAGUCUACGAUGUCCACAUCUUCAGUAUAUCAGACCAUGUCAGAAAGGCAGACCAGUGUUUGAAAUCGUUGAUAACGUUGACUUGAUCGACGUGGAAAUAUCUCCCAGAGUCAAGUACCCAGAAGGGGAAAACGUGAUUGUCGUCAAGGGAAACACGAGACUUCCACCACGUGCAAUCAAUAAUUUGAAGAAGAUUUGUCCUUACUGCGAAAUCAUUUCGGACUUCUCUAGAUGCAGUAAUUUGGGACAAAUCAGAAGUGUGCACGAAUUCCUUGAACGAUGCUCUGGAGAAUCGGCCAUCAUCGGAACACCUGGCACUACUCUGGACUACAAUUUCACAGAAAUCCAAAUCAAUCGGCUAUUUUCUGGUGCGAAGGUAGUCCGGCUGUGCCUUGUUCUUCAAAUGACAGACAUCACGCGUCUGAUAUUCCCAAAUCUGAGACGAUGGAAAUCUUGUUCACCAGGUAAAGCUAUGGUAUGCAAAAACGCGCGUAUUUGGAAUAAUAAGCUAUGGUUGCAGCUAAGCCAUCGAUAA